GCCGUAAGGGGACGGUAGAUCCGGACCAUUGGCCGAUCCAACGGCUGACAGGGUCCGACAGUUUGCGGAAUUACAGGCCCUUGGUCGCAGAUUGUGUCCGCGGUUGCCUACAAAAUCGACGGCAGAUGCUUACUCCAAUCCACAUCCAACGGACUAGCACCCCAAGCCGACCCUAUAAACAAAAGGCUGCAAACCUCGCCGCAGGAAAACCCCCUCCGAGCUCGGCGCCGCCGCCCCCCGCUAAUCAUAAACCUCUCCAACCCUAGCCAGCGGCGAUGGCCCCCAAGCGCUCGGCUCCCGCGCCGCCGCCGCCUGCCUCCGACGAGGAGACGGCCUCUGGUUCGGGCUCCGAGGGGGAGGAGGACAACGAGGAGAUCGCCUACUCGCCCCCUCCUUCUGCCGCUCCCAAGACCACGGCUCCGCCGCCGCAGAAGGGCCAGCAAUCCGACGACUCCGAAGAGGAAGAAGAUGAGGAGGAGGAGGAGGAGGAGGAGAAUGCCAACCACGUGGCGCCUCCUCCCGCUACCAAGAACCCGUCUCCGCCGCCGCCGAAUCGCGAGGAAUCCGAGAGCUCCGGCGACGAGGAAGAGGAGACGGACGACGAGGCACCACAACAGAAGCAUGCACCAAGCCGCGAGGUGGAGAGGAAGGGUGCGAAGCCGUCGUCGGGCGAUGACAAGAAGCCGGGCGCACCCUUCCAGCGCACUUGGUCGACCGACGACGAGGUCCGCAUCCUGGAGGCCCUGGCCGCGUACCGCCUGGAGCACGGCGCGCUGCCGCAGCUCGAUGCUCUCGCCACCGUGCUCGCCGGCAGCCUCGACAACAGUGGCUACAACCCCGCGUUGCUACAGGGUAAGGUCAAGGCCCUGAAGCGCCGGUACAGCAUGGCUGCCAAGAAGGGCGAGCGGCCGAGCAAGGAUCACGACCGCCGGCUCUUCGACCUCUCCAAGAGCGUCUGGGGUCCCGUGACGGCGGCGGCGAACGGCGGCGCACCGAGGGAGGUCAGCGAGAUGUGCGAGCUGUACCCGUACCUCGCUGAGGAGGUGAAGGCGCUGCAGAAGGCGCACCCGGGCAUGUUCAAGCGGGAGUUCACGAUGAUCGACGAUGACAAGGCGCGCGCGCUGGACACGAAGAUCAAGAAGCAGAGGCUGCAUCAGUUGAAGGUGCUUCAACGAGGCCACGAUCUGACCAAGGAAGUGACCAGGACUCUCAUAGAUCUGGUCGACUAAUUGGGUAGACUGCGCUGAGCAUCAUCUAGGCAUUCCUCUUCAUUGCCGCUGAAAUGCAUAUGUGAUCGAUUACCUGCGAAUUUUGUAUCCAGUAGCUGAACCUGUGAAUUGUUUGAGCGUUUGUGUUAAGUCAGGAAAUGCCUGAACUGUGGUUCUGUUGAGGAAGACUGUUUUUGGUGUGGUCCGUGAGCGUUUUGCUGUGGUUAUGGUUAGGAACUACGGAGUACGCAGUAAAGCUUCGGUGGUCAGUUCUACGGGUUGGACUUCAGGUUAACUCCCUCCGUCCGUCGAUGAAUCAAUGGAAGGCUAUUUUGACUGAUCAAAUUAAUCAAA